ACUUAGAUGAAAAGAUACAUGAAACUGUGGGGAGAGCGAGAGCGAGCGAGUGAGCGAGCAACCAAGAGAGAGAGAGAGAGCGAGAGAGAGAGAGCGAGAGAGAGAGAGCUGCAGCUGUUGGCUGCAAACUGUAUAAAAGUGCAACUCAAAGAGCUCGGCAUCCUUCCGCUUCCUGCUAACCCGGAGGCACGCCGUGCAGGUAGGAGACGUGGGACCAAUAGGACGGGAUGGGAGUUGGGAAUUUGCGGAGAGGAAGGUGGUUGAAAUAAACGUUUUAAUGGGCUACCUUGAUACAGGGGUUUUAUUUUUACUGGUUUUAGCAAAAAGGCUUUAUUUAUUAAGUUACUUGAAAAUACAGAAUUUAAAAAUCUUGCUAAUCCUUAAACUGUAAGGCUCUUUAAAAAAUUAAAUUGCAAACUAGGGUUGUCGGAAUUGCAAACUGGGGUUUUCGGACGCGCAAAGGGAUUCUUCCGGCAUGGUGUGUGGCGGGGAGAGAAGGCUGCUCUGGUUAUCCAUACUGAACGUAGUAAUAAUUUGGUUCCAUUUUACAGAGCACUUCAAGCUAGUUCAGACGCUUGGCUCGAGAAAGCUCCCCUGCCCGUUCCUAACAGCCUUGUGAGGUGGGCUCGUUCCCAUGUUUGUAGCGACUGGUUUUGGAAGCAGGGUUUUGGAAGCAGGUGGCCAUUUACCGAGAUGCUGACUUUUGUUUGAUAAUUUGUAUUUCGCUGCGUAUAAACCUUACUUUGUCUGCGUUAAUUUUCUUGCCCAUACUGGCGGUGGGGUGGAGGGGGACAGGGGAUUUACGGUAUUUCUAUGGGGAAAAGAGAAAUGUCAUAAAUUCAUGUAGUGACAAAGCACUUGAAAAUAAAUAUUAGCUUGGCAGGUUCAAACUUUAUAGCUUUGUUUACUAAGUGCAAGAAAAAUAAGCAGGCUAAAUUGGAUAGCUCAUUAGUCCCGGGAUGGGGAAUCGUUCGUCAGCCCUCGCAGUCGUGGCAAUGGCUAGGAAAGGUUGGAGUUCAGCAACAUUCAGGGGUAGGGGGCACAGCGUCCCCCACACCUGCUCUUGGUCAUUAGAAUGUUUGCCCCAUUCAAAAUUUUACCCCAGGUGGUUAGCAUUCAUUGCAGUUGUCGUUGGUUUUUUUACUGGAAGUGAAAAACGAAGUAAAAUGCCUUUUCUUGGGGAAACUCCCCCCUUUUUUGUCAGAAGGGUAGCCUUUCCCUUUAAACCUUUUCCACGGACUUCCUUUUAGCCAGAUUCAUGGAGUUAACAAGCUACAGUACAGCUGCAGUGGUAAUUUGGGGGCAGUGGUAGUUUGGCGGGGCCAAACAUUCAAAGAAAGAAAGACUCUUGAAAUGGUGCAGCAUUCCCUACUUUUUAAAAAAGAUUUCCAUGAGGGCUCCUGUACCAUUUACCGGGAAGUGAUUUCCUUGGCAGAAAUGAAAACAUCAGAACUUUGAAAAUAAUCAUGUUAUGUGGACAUGGACUAGGCUAGAGUGAGGCAGUGCCCCUUCACUAGCAGCAGCACCUGUCACAGAAGCUGUGACUUUGCAAAGUGGAAGAAAAAGGUUCAACCCCAGUGCGAGCAGUGUGGUGUAGUGGUUAGAGUCUGUAGGACUAGGACUGGGGAGACCCAGGUUCAAAUCCCCACUUAGCCAUGAUGUUCACUGGGUGUUACUGUCCUAUACAUGCCUAAACUUAAGCCCCACUGUGCUCUCUGUACUACCUGUUUUGCUGUGGCUGGGUAAAGGUAAAGGGACCCCUGACCAUUAGGUCCAGUUGUGACCGACUCUGGGGUUGUGGCGCUCAUCUCGCUUUACUGGACGAGGGAGCCGGUGUACAGCUUCCAGGUCAUGUGGCCAGCAUGACUAAGCCGCUUCUGGCAAACCAGAGCAGUCCAUGGAAACACCGUUUACCUUCCCACCAGAGCGGUACCUAUUUAUCUACUUGAACUUUGACGUGCUUUUGAACUGCUAGGUUGGCAGGAGCAGGGACCGAGCAAUGGGAGCUCACCCCGUCGUGGGGAUUCGAACCACCGACCUUCUGACUGGCAAGUCCUAGGCUCUGUGGUUUAACCCUUUGUGGCUGGUUACAACCUUCCAAAUGCCACAAACUGCAAAAAGAACCAAAUAAAUUCUCUACAAAAAAGUAAUAGAAGGUGCUGCUGCAUUCGGGGUGGGGAAUAGCCAUUCUGUUUUUGCGCCUGUAACCCAGGUUCCAGGAGCCAUGUGGCAAAUAGCUUUUCUAUCCUACAGUGGACCCGCUGCCAGUCAGUUUUGGCCAGGCAUAGGCAACCUUCGGCCCUCCAGAUGUUUUGGCCUACAACUCCCAUGAUCCCUAGCUAACAUGACCAGUGGUCAGGGAUGAUGGAAAUUGUAGUCCAAAACAUCUGGAGGGCCGAAGGUUGCCUAUGCCUGGUUUUGGCCAUACUGAGCUAGAUGUAGUUUCUAUGGGCAUUGUGUAGGAUCAUUGAGUAGACAUUAUGCCCUAUGCAUGUGAUGGGUUAAAAGGACUUGCUCCUGCAUGAAUCACCCCAAAAUUUAAGACGUACAUGGUUUUCCAUCGCAUAUUUCAGAUCAAGCCCGCAGCAACACAGCGGCUUUAAGAACUUUUAAGACGUUAUCAGCAGCUAAGUUUGUCGAUCCUUUUUUAUAUCUACUAUUUGGAGCACUGUAUAACAUUUAUUAAUCUAUUCAAUACUUUAUGAUGGAUAAAAACAACUAACUGCUUUCUUGAGCAUGAAGGAUAAACUGUACCUUUAUAGCUCUGGAUUCAAAGCGGCUCAACCCCCACCAAAACUUUCAGUUUAGGAAAUGUCACCUUUGUCACUGUCAUCUUCUCCUGCAACAUCCAUUAAGACUAACAGUAUUUCCAGUCAGAUUCCCGAUUUCUCUGCUUUGUUGCUAAAUCUAAAAAAGGGUGAUAUAUCAGGAUGAGAAACCCCUAAAGGAUGAACCGAUGUUGUGAUGACAGCAGCUCCAGACUGCAAGAUAUAGAAACACUUAACCAUGUAAAUCCCUUAAGUUGUGUGGAGAUUCACCCCACCUGCUGCUUGGCUUAGUGAGAUUCAGGAAAAAUCAACUGUAGGUAUCUCUUUCUGCAAGUUUCAACCCUUGUGUGAAGCCACACUGUGGCUUAACACACGUAACAACUAAUUGCAUCCAACACGAAAGGAAAACUGCUACCUAACGGAAUUAGAAAUUCACACCCCGUAAUGUGGAACUUCAGUCAAAUGCCACAAAGGGUUUUGUUCUUAAAACUUGGGGGAAAAUGAAUGAUGUGUUAAAAAACAGCAACCAACACCUUCAAAACAAACAAACAACCUUAACGCCAGUUUUGCCGAUGACCAUAGAACCACGUCCAAUUUCAUUCUUGCAUUUCAAGUUCUUGUUUCAGGCUUUUCAAGUAAGCAUGGACGCUGUCAUAGCCAUGGUACUUGGCCAGGUAAACAAGCACACCUGUAGCACAUCAUCCUUCCCGCUGCCUGCAGAAGCUGCAGUUGCAGAUGCCACGGCAAGGUGGGCAAUGCCAGUCCGGAUCCAGCAAAGCGGUCCUGACUUCUUCUCCAUAGCGGUUGCGUAGGCAAGGCCCACAGAACUGUCCCUUGCAACUUGCCUCAUGGUAGAUUUUUAAAAAUGUGGUAGAUUAAAAAAAAAGUUUCCUUGGGUGUGUGGAUCUGAAAUGCAGACCCACCCUGCCCUUGGAAAGAAAAGUCACAGGUGGCCUUCUUGAUAAGGAGAGGGUCUCUUUAGCUUUUGAAUGCUGUGAGAUCACACCUCUUGCUGUGGAUUAAUUUCAUAGAAUCAUAGGCACAGUUAACUGUUGCAGCUUGCCCUGCUCAUAGUUGUGAAGAAUAUUCUCAUGUUAUGAAUGGCCCUACAGCUCUGAUUCUAUAUCAACAGGGCAAUGGCAGUUGCAGUGGAGAGUUCUUAUCUAGGAUGGGAGGGGCAAGGAAACUCUAGACCUGUUGGGUUUAAUGACUGUGCUACUCCAUGUAAAGGGAUGCAUUUAAAGGAUGUGGGGUAACCUUCCACUUGCCACUGUAUCACUCCUUCCCAAGGCAGGAACGUCAUGUCUUGAGCUACUAGUCUCUGACUCCUGGGUGGACUGGCCCCAGUUCCAUCCUGUAGCUACUGGUCCUAGCAAGCUGAGAGCAGGAACCUGGCAAGACAUCAAGUGGUUUUGUUGCUAUGGCAUCUUAAGGAUGGACCCUGGCAAAGGCUGUCUCCUUAACCUCUGACAGCCUUGCAAAAUGUUCCCUCUAAUGACUAGCCCUGAAAGACGUACAGCUGUCCCAGGGGCCCAUGUUUACCACAAGUCAUUGGCGGCUCAUUUGCUACCUGGCAAAGGUGUCAUCCAGUCCUUACCUUAGGUAAGUAGUCAGAGUUGGUAAUUACAAGGCUGGGGUUGGUCUAGGUCUCUUAGCUCUGUUUGCGCGUGUGUGACCAAACAGAAACACAACUGGUACAGCUUCCCUUUCUCUUAACUGCACCUGGUGACUUUCUGUCUGGCGCAUCUAGAGUUUCCCCUUCAAAUGCACUAUACUCAUGGCAAUUUACCCUGAAAGGUUUAAAACUGGCUUAAACAGGUUCUACUUUUUUGACAGGUGAAAAAAGGCAAGUUCCCUUUACAGUUUGCGGCCAAGGUCACAGCAUUCCUCUCUCACACUUUUAAGAUGGUGCUUUUUCAAAAGCAGGAGUAGGGAAUGUUAGGCCUGGGGCAGUGGGGGUACAGAUUUGGCCCUUGAGGCCUCCCUGUGUGGCCCUUGGGACUCCCUCCAGGCCACACCCUCCUUGAAUGAUUGUGCCUGGCUGCAACACACCGACCCCAUACACACAUGCCUUAUGCCUCACCCUCCAUGCUCUGGAUGGGCUGAAACUACCAUUGAGGGCUGGGCACGUGUUCUAUUAGACCCAGGCUACCUGAAGGACUCUGUUCUCACAUACGAACAUGCCCUGGCUCAGACAUUCAGGGGAGGCCCUUCUCUUGCUCCUGCCACCCUCACAGGCAGGCUUGGUGGGGGGCGCAAGAGAGGGCCUUCUCAGGGGCUUCUCCCAUACUUUGGAACUCCCUCCCUGGAGAAGCCAGACUGGCUCCCUCCUCACUGUCCUUCCUGCCAGUGGUGAAGACCUUCCUAUUCCAACAUGUCUUUGGGAACUGAUUGGGUUUUGUUUGUUUGUUUAGGAAAAGACCUUUUAAAUAGUGCUGUACUGUUUUUACUAUAUCAAUUUCUGUAUUUCCAUAGAUUCAUUCUCAUAUUGUUCCAGUUCUAUUAUAGUUUUAAUUAAACUACUAUUUUUAAAUAAGUUUUAGCUUUCUGUAUAUGAUCUGUGUUUUAAUUUGUAUCAGUCACCUUUAGUCACAAUCUGGGGGAAAGGCAGGAUAUUAUUAUUAUUAUUAUUAUUAUUAUUAUUAUUAUUAUUAUUAUUUAUUACUUAAUAGCAGCAGCAGCAGAAGCAAGAGAAGGGUUGAAAGAUUGCUAUCCUACUUAAAUGGUUAACCUGUACUGUGGGUUUUGGGAAGGAUGUGCUAACAAGCCCUAUAGGAUACAUAUGGUUGUGAAUGACAGCGAUGAUUAUGAAGAAUUUUUUUUUUUGGUAGGCCGAGGAAGCAGCUUUAGAUUGGCUCUCAGACCAUUUCCUAAAUGAAUCACAGAAGGGAGUCGAGCAGAAUGCCUUUCCUCCAUGGCUUCCGACGGAUCAUCUUUGAGUACCAGCCAUUAGUUGACGAGAUCUUGGAAUGUAUGGAUCCUCUGGUGCAGGACAUGAUGGUCAGGUAACUGGGAAGCUGCUUCCCCGUCCGUGUAGACAAUACUGAGCUGGGGUCUCAUUCAAUUCAGCCCAUUCUUCAGAAUUAUGAGGACUAGGAUCUUUGAGGGUUUUAUACAAUCAAGCGGUAUAUAAAAAUCAUGAAAUGCACAAACAGAAUCCCACCUUUCAGGGAAAGGGCCAUGGUUAAGGGUAGAGCACCUUAUGUGCAUAUAGAAGACCCAGGUUCAGCCCCUAAUGGCAUCUCCAAGUUGGCACUUAUAAUAUUCCCUGCCUGAAACCCUGCAGAGCUGUUGCUGCUGUCAGUCAGUGCACACAGUACUGAGCUAGAUGGACCUGGUGGUCUAAUGUAAAGGGGGGCGGGGAAAGCACAUUAGUUUCUCAUACCCACUCUGGCCCUACCCACCGCUGGCAUGUGCCCCCCAGAAUGUGGCCCAGAAGGACAUGUCUUCUCAUUGGCACACAGCUCUUCCCUCUGAGCUGACUACUAAUUGGCUCUUAAUCGUUACCAAACCACCACCGCGGAACUUUGCCCUCCUCCUAUGGUCAUUGUGGUGUUUUAUUUGCCUUGUUUUCUUGUGAAGCCCCAGCGCUGUGGUAGAAGACGACAGGCGGAUUGCGGCCCUUAACAAUCUGCUGGAGAGGAAUGCCAACUCCGUUUACUACCAAGAGGGUGUGAGCUAUUCAUUGCUGAAGAUGGCGGAGUAUGGGGUAGUCCAAGCCGCAGAAGCCCUCCUUCGUGGUGGGGCGGACAUCACCUUUGAAGGUUGGAGGGGGACCUGGUUCAUGCUUCCGGUCUUGCAUAUAUUUUAAAAUUACAGAAAUCACUGGGAUAGCUAUUUAUGGAGGCUGUAUUUUUAUAUACAAUUUUUUCAUGAUUCCUCCCCUCCCCCCCCCCCCCAAUGUUUCCUUUCUGGUUAGGAGCGACCUGUUUUGGUUCUUUGUUUCUGCUGGGAAUUGCAACGCCCCGUUUUAUGUGACACCAUUUUAAUUCAAUACAGGCGACCCCCGUUUUUGCAUGCGUUCCAAGAACGUGUGGCCAUGCACGUGUGUGGGACAUUUUCAGAACCGGAACAGGGCAGAGUGGGGGGAAGGCAGGGUGGUGCUGAGGGGCUUAUGCGAGUGAUGAUCCAGAACGCAACCCGCACGCAAAUAGGACAUUGCCUGUAUUAAAGGCAAAAAAGGCUAUUCCACCAGUGUGGUGUAGUGGUUAAGAGUGGUAGACUCAUAAUCUGGUGAACCGGGUUCACGUCUCCGCUCCUCCACAUGCAGCUGCUGGGUUACCUUGGGCUAGUCAAAUUUCUUUGAGGUCUCUCAGCCGCAUUCACCUCAGAGUGUUUGUUGUGGGGGACGAAGGGAAAGGAGAUUGUUAGCCGCUUUGAGACUCCUUCAGGGAUAUCAAAUCCAAACUCUUCUUCUUCACCUGGCCUGAUAAUCCAUUCUGAGACCCAGAUGAGGAAGCAAAAAGUGGGGUAUAAUUUUUCAAUUCAGUAGUAGUUGCACCCCUGAUGUCCAUUAGGCUCCACCUCCCUAAGUCGCUCUUUUCUACUGUCAGGUACUGCUAGGUUCACCUCUCUGCCAUCAGGUUCCGCCUUCCUUUUCCCCAAGCUCCACCCCUUGUCUCCUAAGCUCCUCCCCAUGAGCUUCAGUGUUCUAAAGCGCUGGCCGCUGCGGGCUCAGGUGCUCAUGGGUGUGUGAUGUCACACAGAGGUUCCUUCAUAGGCUGUCUCUCUAACAACAUGACCGCCUCCCAGCAAGGCCGGUUAGACAGUUGGGCCAGGAAGGAGGGCCUUUGACUGCUGGGAGCCAUGAGGAGGAAAUGGGUAGGGGGAUGUUUCCUGGCCUGCUGGCUCCCGUAUUACGGGCCUGACGUGAACACCGGUAAGCAUCUUUCUCUUCCCCCAGUGCUGACAACAGCCUUGUUGUGUGGGCAGACAGUCCCCAUAUCCAAAGGACCAAUGAUCAGGAGUCUUUAUUAGGCAAUGCAGCAGGGUGAUGCAAGGGUUAGGAUGUCAGACUACAAGACCUGGGAGACCAGGGUUCAAAUCAUGCAUACAGCCACAUGAAGCUCUCUGGAUGCAACCCUUGGGGCCAGUGUCAUUGUUUCUUAGCCUAAGCGUACCUUGCAGGGUGGUUGUGAAGAUGGAACAGGGAAGGGAGAGAACCCCACCUUAAGCUCCUUGAAAAUCAGAACAACAUCCCUGAACGUGCAAGGGUUCAGUGUUUCCUAAAAACCAACAGCCAGUUAGCCUGCUAGGAGAGGCAGUCAGGCACAGUGGAUAAGAGCUGUGGAACUAAAAAACCAGAGUUCCAAUUUCCCAUGCAACCACGUGAAGGUCCCUUGAGCGACAGUUGGGCCGGUCGCUAUCUCACCUGCAGCCUAGCCUACCUCGUAGGAUUGUUGCGAGGGCAUGGGAACCAGGUCACCUUGAGGUCCUUGGAAGAAAGGUAAGGAUGUUUCAGUGUGACAAGUUAACAAAUUGUGCCAAAUUGGUGAAAAAAAUAAAUAAAUGUGUGUUUCUGUGUUUUCAAAAGAUCCAAUCACUUAUUAUACAUCUUUGCACAUCGCCGUGAUGCGGAACAAGCCGGACAUGGUAGAGCUGUUGGUGCAGGAAGGUGCAGACAUCAACCGGAGAGACAGGGUAAGCUGCAGCCAUUUUUAUUUCCAUUAUUAACAUUUAUGUCAAACCUUACACACACACACACACACACACACACACACACACACACACACACACGGAACUCAGAGUGGUGCAGAUGGUUCUCUCAACUCUGUGAGGUAGAUCAGACUAAGAGACACAGUGACUGGCCGAAGGUUACACCCAGUUAGCUUCAUGGCCGAGUGGGGAUUUGAACCCUGGUCACUCCCAGCUCCUAGCGCAGCAUGCUGACCAGUACACCAUGCUGGCAAUUAUUCUUAUCAUGGAUUUGGCUUCACAGCAGCCUGAUCACAAGCCAUUUAAAACGCAAGCAUUAAAAAAAUUGGUUUGAGAUCAAUUACAAUUGCAUCUAUUUAGGACCCACUUUAUUCUUGCAUCUUGAGUGUCUGGGCAGAGUAAAGAGGCGCAUCUUUGGUGUAUGACAGGAACCGUACAGGCAGCAACCAUUUUACGCAUGUCUGAUUGGCACAUGAUCACGCUCGUCACUGCCGACCCAGAAGAGGCCCGAAAACAGGGCUGGGGCUCUGCCAACGCAUAGAGGGGUCAGGAACACAACCCCCCACCCAAAAUGGCCACCACCUGUGUAGUGAAAGGAGCAGGUGCACUAACAAAGGGAGAGGGAGAUUGAUAACAACAUUGCAGGCUGGGGAUGGAGUGGGAUCCUGAGCCAAAAUCCCCAUCCCAAAUUUUGCUUCUUUGUUCAUAGGAUGCAAUGUGCGUGUAGGGUUUAAAACCUUAUGCUCUUUUAAAAAGUUAGCUUUCAAAAGUUGCCACAAGGCUGUGAGUUGACUUUCUCCCCCUCCCCUUUCUAGAGAAAAGAACUUGUAUGAAAAACAGGAUAAGAUAAGAUAUAGUUGGUCAAGAAAGCAGCGGUCAAGGCAGGGUCCAGGGUCCCAGAUUUGGUCCUUGAGUGUUGCCUGGAUGGAAACAAGUCCUUCAGCUCUGCUCACGUCACUUGCUCGCCCGGUUGAAGGACACAGGUGUCCGAGUGCAUGUAGAAACCAGCUGACCAUAUCCAUAGAGGGGAAAUUCACAUUCACUGCGCCAGCUGCUUUCUGCAGAAGAGGGACUGCAGCCCUCGACCUAGGAGAAAUGCCAUUCAUCGCUGCUGCAGUAAAGGCAUCAAUAAAAGCAGCCAGUUAUGUUUCCUCUAUCCCAUUCCUCCUUAGGUUCAUGAAAGCAGCCCCUUAGAUCUGGCUAGCGAAGAGCCAGAACGCCUCCCUUGCCUAAAGCGACUUUUGGAACUUGGAGCCGAUGUCAAUGCAGCUGAUAAACAUGGUCAGUUGCCUCCAUCCUCCUGGGCUUGGCCUUUCCCCCUUUUCCUCCUUGGCUCCUGCUUGUGGGCAUUUGGUUGGUCACUCUUGAGAACAGGAGCCUGGGCUUGAUAGGCCUGAUACCGACUCCUCUCACAUUCUUAUGCUCUCUUUUUCCCUCCUUCCCCAGGAAAGACUGCUCUGCUGCAUGCUCUAGCCAGCAGUGAUGGGGUUCAGAUCCACAAUACGGAAAACAUUCGCCUUUUGUUGGAAGGAGGUGAGCUUCCUCCACCCGCCCGCCCUACCAAGCCCUGCUGCUUCCUUUUCCAGGGGUCCAGAUCCAGUGCAAAACUAUCAGUGGUCUCAGAGCAGGAAUGUGAACCAGGCUGGCACCCUCUUGCCAGCACACGGCAUUCUCCCUAAAACGACCUGCCUGGGUGGGCUGGAAUGAUAAGAGUGCAAGCACUGAUUAAUCCAAAUUUAUUGUUACAAGAUAUAUGAUCUAUAUAGAUAAUGGAUGACUUAGGCAAACAAGAUAUACCGGUAUAUGUAUUUAAGAACAUUAUUCUUUAAUUUAGGUUAAUUGAAAGAAAUACGAAUAAUCAUGCAUUGCCGCAAUAUAUUCUCAACUUCAAAUACAGUGGUACCCCAGGUUACAGACACUUCAGGUUACAGACUCUGCUAACCCAGAAAUAGUACCUUGGGUUAAGAACUUUGCUUCAGGUUGAGAACAGAAAUCGUGCAGCAGCAGCGCAGCGGCAGCUGGAGGCCCCAUUAGCUAAAGUGGUGCUUCAGGUUAAGAACAGUUUCAGGUUAAGAACCGACCUCCAGAACGAAUUAAAUUCAUAACCAGGGGUACCACUGUACUUCCAGCACUAUUCUAAGCACGUUAUUAAAUGUCUUUGGUAUUACUUUAAAUAAGGGUUAAGAUAUAUUUGUGAUAGAGGGCCUUAUAUUUAUUUUCUCUUUCUCUUCCUUAGUUUGGCUUUUAUUGUAUUUUGUUGAAUACUUUUAGUAAAAAUUGAUUGGGGAAAAUUGGAAAAUGGUGGUGGUGAUGCCAAGGGUCACUGGAAAAAAAACAUUAAACUGUCUGUUUCUUUAUUGUUCCCGCCGAUCAGGAGCCAAUGUGAAGGCCACAACAAAAGAUGGUGACAGCGUCUUCUCCUAUAUCAUCUUCCUCCUUGGAGAGACAGUGGGAGGUGACGAAGAGGAGGUCCAGACCAUCAAGAGCUUCUGCUUCCAGGUCACUCAGCUGCUGAUGACCCAUGGGGCCAACCCUAGUGCGUGCCCAACCUACGAGUCCCUCACCCACCUGUGCCUGAAGAACUUCCGGCUCCACUUUCCCCUCCUGCGCUUCCUCCUGGAGUUUGGGGCGUCAUACAACUGCACCCUCCAUGGGCCCUCCUGUUGGUCGGGCUUCAGUAUUAUCUUCGAGCAGCUGUGCUCCCUCUUGAGCGGGUCAGAGGACGAUGCCUUCUGCGUCGACCUCUUUCAGAAGGCCGAGACGGUGCUGGAGCUCAUGGCCUCAAGCUCCCAGACCAUCAAGCUGCCCAUCAACUUUGAGAUCAACCUCAGCCACCUCAGCGGGUUCCAUAGGAAGAGGAUCUCAGACCUCUUCACCAGCCUGAAGCAGCUGGAACACUCUCCUCCUACCUUGAAGCAGUUGUGCCGGGUUUCCCUGCGGCAGCAUCUCAGACCCUGGCCCAUCGAUGAAAAAGUCAAGGCCCUCCCGCUUCCCAACUUGUUGAAAAAAUAUCUCCGUAUAGACCCGAGCAGCUCUGCGGAGGCGGCCGUCUGACUUCAAGGGUGGACCAAGAAGACUGAUCUGCCAAGGGGGUGUUUCCAGCCUGAGGCCUUCAAGCCACACACACCAGUCAAUUGUGGACACGGGUGUUGGUCACGCACAGGAUGACAUUUGCGGGAUUGCCGCACAGGGUGUUACUGCACCAUACUUAUUCACACACAUGGCCUUUUGCCCUGCAAUGGACGAAUGCAUAAGACUUGGAUGUUUCCAAAUCUGCAGCUCAACUGCUGAUUGUUCUGAAGGAGGGACAAGUCCAUUUUCUGGACCUGGGUCAUGACUAAACUGAAUUCUGCUCAGUGUCCGCAGAAGGUUGGAGGCCUCCAUUUAUCUGGAACAAGAUUACCUCGCGACUUUUCUAAACAACUGUUCUGAGCAACCUGGCUUCUAACAGGGAGCGAAUUGUCCAUUCCUCUAGGUCAUUAAACAUGUGUUCUGCACCAGCAAAAUGUUGUGCCUCUAGUGUCUUGCUUGGUUGUUUUCAAGUUGCUUUGGGUUGCCCUGGGUAACAGUGACUUGACAAAUUUAAUUAAAAUAAAAUAAAAGCAACAAUAGGCCAAGUAGCAGGAAAAAGGGGUGGCAAUAACAUCUUCACGACAUCCUAUGCUUUAUUGGGUGCUGCUUUUGCAAAUGGAAAGUAGCUGUUUUCAUACUUGUUGCCUUAUCAUUUAAUGUGUAUACUGCCCUUCACCCAUAGGUCUCGGGAGGUUCACAACAUAUUGCAGAUUCUGUUUCUGUCCUUCAAAACAGAAGGUACCAUUCCUCAUGAGGCUUUCCUAUGCUAGGCCAUGAGCCAAGGGCAGCCUUAUCUAGUCCACACAGUGACUCAACCAUUUUUGUGCGUUUUCAAAGGCAGUAUGAUGAUAGAAUCAUAGAGUUGGAAGAGACCCCAAGGGCCAUCGAGUCCAACCCCCUGCCAAGCAGGUUGAUGGUUGUAAGCUGAUACACAGCUAGGUUAAGUGUGAAGAACUUUUUUGACCCAUUGGGCCAGAUCCUUGAUAAGUGGGAAGGCCACACACCUGUCAUUCAUCUGACAGAGCAGAAAUGAAGCAAGACUGAUAGGGGAGGGGUCCACUUUACUAGUGUUUCCAGAGGGGAGCAAACUAGCAACGCAGCACCCUCCCCAUGCCUUCCUGAUGUCACCCAGCACUGUCAACUGGCUGACAGGUGGCCCUGCUUUGGGAGGAAAACGGCCUUGUUCCUCAGAAACCGUGAUGACCAUGAGCUCACCACCAAUUGGGGAAAAAUAGCCACUGUUUCUAAGUAAAAGAUAGACAUCAUUUCAGGGUGGCCCCUUGGUUCAGCUAUAUUCCCCCCCCCCCCCCGGAAAGCAUUUAACCAAACACACAGGCUACAUUCGCACCAUACAUUUUUUAAAAACCCAAUGACGCUUUCAACAAUCACAGCUUCCCCCAAAGAAUCCUGGGAAUCGUUUAGGAGACUGCAGUUCCCCUCAAGGCACUACAAUUCCCAAAGUUCCCUAAGUAGGAGGGAUUGUUAAACCACUCUGGGCUGCUCCAUUGGCACUCUCCAGAGACCCCUCAACUGGGGUCUUAUCAACAGUCAUUUCAUCUUUUGACAAAGGACAGAAGGUCCCACUCCAUGGCUAUAUUGAGGGACCAGCUUCAUUUGGCACCCCUGAGAAGUCAUUCCAAGUGCUUUGGUAACUCCUCUGGGCUUUGAUUUUUCCCUUCCUAUCUGGUUCUUAGAAGAACACUUACACUUCAACAGUGCCUGAGUUUUGCUUGCCUUCAUCCCCACCCCCUUCCUUUUCCUCCUUGUGGGUCGCACCUGCAAAUUUUGUAUAGGAAGGAAUUUGUUGACCUGACACCACGUGCUCUGGGAGACUUUUCUGAUGAAGUAGAGUGGUGAAUAAAAACACUUCAC